AAAGCAAGCGCGGGUUCGGAAAGCGAAUCAGGAGAAGGCUCGGCUACAGUCGAGUGAGAAGGCAUCGCGGUCUGGAGCGACAGGCCCUAACAAUAGCGUGUGGACGGGAACAAUUGCGAAGGGCUUGGUCCUGCGCCGUGGAGUUCUUGUCGACUCUUGGAAAUUGUGAGCAAAAAAAAAGAAGUGUAAGGAAGACUGCAAAUGCUAUUCUAGGUGAAAGCCGCCUUUUCCUGCACUGGGAUUUUUGUUGAAUAUCUCCCAUCCUUAGGAUGUUUGCAAAAGCAACCAAGACUUUUGUGAAAGAGGUUGACUGUGGAGGAGACUUAAUAUCUGUGUCAUCCCUGAAUAUCUUAGAUAAAGUAGAGUUCCUGAAUUUAGUCACAAAGAAAAAGAAAACUUGGUGCUGGCAAAAUCCAAAGUAUCAUCUCUCAUCAGUGUCAUUGAAUGAUCUGCUUGCCCAAGAUAUGCAUGGACCUAUAAAGCCAGUUAUUGUAGAAUCUGACUUUGUGAAGUAUGAAAGCAAGUUUGAAGACUGCAUCAGAGGAAGCAUUGAUACUUCAGUAGGAAGAAUUAAUUUAGGAAGCGGAGGAAGCAAUCUUGUGGAAAGUCUGUCUUCUUUUGGAAAUCUUAAAAAGCAAGAAGUUGACUUGCACAAACUUAUGAAAGAUGUGAAGGAAAGAUCAAUAAAUCUACAGACUUCAUUAUUGGAACAAAUGCUUGAAAGAAAGAAUGAUGUUCUUUGUAUCCUUACAGAAAAAAUAUUGACAACUCAGAAAUGUUUAAUAUCUGAACAUAUUCAAAAAGAGGAAAAAAUUGCUGGAAUGGUGGGAAUAAAUGCAAAAAUUAUAAAGGUAUCAGUGAAUGAAAAUGGAAAUAUAAUGAAGAACUCUAAUGUAGUAUUGGAGAUCCCUGCUCCAACUGCAAUUGCUUAUGGUAUAAUAGAAUUGUAUGUAAAGCGUGACGGUCAAUUUGAACUGUGCCUCCUUCAUGACCAACAAGGUGGUUUUGAAAGGGGGGCUAUAGAAGGCCCAGUUUACCAUUCUUCGGCCUUCAAAGAUGCUUGCUGCCCUCAUCUUUUUGAUGUUGUGGAUAAUGAGAAAUUGUCUGGACCUGAAAGCCCUAUUCCAAGUGAUGCUUCACUUAACAUUCUAAGCAAAGAUGUCCUCCAAUUAAAGACCCAGUUCCAACCUUUUAUAAAUCUAUCAGAAGAAAAGCAAAGAGCUUUAUACCAAAUGAUCUGUGACCUUUUGCUUCAUGAAGAAACAGUGAUGCAACUAGAAAAUGUGCUGGUCAGUUUAUGUUCUGAGAGGAGUCCAGGCAUCAUAUCAAUGGAGGAAUUAAAGUUACCAGAGAUACCAUGUUUAGAAGAAUUUCUACAGCUUGUGGGUGUACAUUUACAGAGCAAAUGUCAGAUUUACAAUAAAGAGCUUUUCCUAGCUGCUCAUUUCCUUCUCAGUGCUCUAGCAGAACUGUCAAGUUAUUCCUUAAUGCUGCUGCUAGCCUGCUGUGACCUCCAGCUUGUCCCUACCCUAUGUUUCUUGCCUAAUAUGACCUCAGAAGAUGGUACAGUGACACUUGCAGAUCCUGUACUGGCUCCACUUGCUGACCCAGGAAAGUUUCGGAUAGCACAGAGGCUAUUCGCUUUAUCAAACAUUAACCUUGAAAGGACGGAAUCUUCUAUCAAAGCUGUAACCAUGAAAAAACCCAUUUUUUCCCCAAUCGUUCUAUAUAUAGCGUUGAAUGGCCUCCAUGCAUUAGGUUAUGAAAAGACAAGAACUGAUGAAACUGUUUGAAGAGUUUAAUACUACAAGUGUCUCUGUUUAAUGCCUCAUAGUGAUGAACCACUAAAGAUGUCCAUGCAGUUGGAAUAUCUGGGCUGUGUUAUUGGAGCAAGGCAAAUUCUGAAAUUAAUUAUGAAAAAAUGCAAAGAUAAAAAAAACCAUGCAGGGAUACUUGGUGAGAUGUUUGACACUCCUGUAUUAUUUUAAAGUUAAGAAAGAUUACAUGUCCUCACUUUUCAGCCAUUUAUUCAGCACCCGUUCAAAGUUACAACAAUGCAGAAAAAAGUAAUUUUAUGGCCCGUUUACUGCCACUCACAACCUUCACAGCAUCCAUCAGCCAUAUGAAUGCCAUUACAGUCAGUAUGUACUGUCUUGGACCAGACCUGUAGGAUUUUUUUUUCUUUCCCUUGUAGAGAGAUAUGAGAGAGAUUUCAACAAAGCAAGCUGUUUGCUGUUCUACGUAUCAUGAUCACGCUGGAAGCAAAGAAGGGUCAGGCAAAGGAGAUAUUGCCUACAUAAAUUGCUUGGUUUUUUUUUUCUCUUUCCCCUACCCCCACCUGACUGGAGGGUUUGGAAAGAAAGGGAUUUCAAGAGAAUGGCUAGUCUAGUCCUAGAUUGUGACAGUUGCAUUAUUUUUAUGAAAACAAGACAGCAAGGUCCACUUAGCAAUGGCUUCAUUUAGCAUUAGAGUUGCCAGUGUCAGAGCUGUGAAAAAUUUCUUUUAGUUAUUUAGUAUUAGUUAUUGUGCUUCCGUACUAAUCUUAUUUUCCUUAAAAACUAGAGCAGUGGUCCCCAACCUUUUGCGCACCAGGGACCUGUUCUAUGGAGAGAGGUUUUUCUGUGAACCUGAGGGAAGUGGUUUUGCAUGCUGCCUGCAUCGUUCAUCCUGGUUUCUGGCAUGCCGUGGCCCCGGUACUGGUCUACAGACCAGGGGUGGGGACCCCUGAAUUAGAGUAUAUUCUAAUUGAACACCAUUAUGUGGCAACAGACAGUUUUCAAAACUGAGAAAAGAGCAUCAUGAAACAGGAGAAUAAUUGAAAGGGCCAUUUAAGCAAUCAAAAUUAAAAAAUUAAGCAAUACAGGAAUAAAUUUAAAGCAUAUUCUCAAUUGUUGGGCUUGCCUUUGGAGCAGUUAUUUAGAUUAGAACCAAAUAUCACAAAGAAUGUGGCAAGUUUCCAAGUGUUUCUUUAUGAUAUGGCAGAAAAGCUGGGAACUACAGCAUCCAUUUUGGGAGUCAUAUUUUUAACCUUUCUAGUUAUAAAGGCAUUUUUAAUUACCUACUUGAUUAAUGUGAUGUGUACCAAAACUGCAGGCCUCAGAGCUGCCUCUUUUGGACAGAUGUUUUUGGAGGGGGGUGGGAAUAUGUUAAGGAGAAAAAUGUAAUUUUUAGCUUCUCAGAUAUUCACAAUGGUAUAUAAAACCCAUUCAAUUCCAUCCAAUCCACAUCUGUUAGAAAAGCCAUAGGGACUCAAACCAAUGGAAGUUAACAGAUUUUGGAUAUUAUAUUCACAGCACUUAUUAAAUGCUAUUAUAAGGUAUACUUGGAAUGAUAGUGAGUUUUUCAGUGUUUUAAUUAGGCAUAUAUAGUGCAAAAAUAUGAUUUGUUUCAUAUUGAUAAAAAGUUUUUUAUGUAUUAUUCAAUAUAAAAUUAUAACAUCUAUCGCAAGGAAGGCCUACUGUAUUGCCUUUUUCCAGUUUCUUUUUCUGAUGUCAGCUCUGUGCAUUGAGAAUGUAAUUCAUAAGAGUUCACACUAUUUUUUUUCAAAUAUUUUUAUUUCAUAUAUACAAAAAUAACUUUCUUAGGAGUUUUCAGGAUUUCAGUUUUAUACAUUUCAACAAUGAUAUACAACUUAAAUUGGGAAACAUUAGUGAAAUUUCUUUAAAAGCAUUGUUUAACUGAAUAGCACACAAUUUUCUUAUGAAAUUUUAUAAGUUUUCUUAUAAUCCUUUUUCAGAACUUUCUAAUCCGAUUUAUGUGACAAUUUUCUUCUGAUUGACAGCAUGGAAAGACAUUAAAAUUUCCUAUCAGUAAACUCCCAUUUAAAUCUUUUAUUGUGUCAAUAUUGUGUGUCAAUAUUAGUGUACAAGUUUGAAAAAAGUUACAAUUGUUUAAUAGAAAUAUUAAGAGAUGAAGCAAUAAAAAUUAUACUGCAUAAGCUAAGAGAAGUCAUUAUUUUGGAACGUAUCUAAUGAUGAUUUCUAUCAUCUAAUCUUAAAAACACAAAAUAAUGCACAAAUAAUAAUUCACAAAAAAUGUAGAUCUUGAUAGAGUACACAUUCAAAGUGGUAUGCAUCCAAGAUAUAUUAUUUUAAUACAGUUUCCAAAUUAAAACAUUUUUCUCUAGCUAACAUUGCAUUUUAAAACAUAUAACUACCAUAUAUGCACUUGAACAUUUAAUCAGAUCUUACCCUCAAUAUUGGAAGGGCACAACUAACAUCAAUUGUUGUGAGACUGGACAUGAUUCUCAGCUAUCGUAUUUGAUCAGUAGGAAAGUGUUCGAUCUUAAAAAUAGACAAUUCUUUGAAGCAAGACACUUCAAAGAAAUUCAGUUCUGUCAAGAAAGCCCACAUAAGGCAAGGACGUUCAAAGAAAGAAGAUAUACAAGCGAUCUAUACUUUUAAAAUACAGGUAUUCCUCAAUUUACCACAACUGAAAAUAGGAUUACCAUUGUUAGUGAUGCUGGAUUUUAAGUACAUCAUCACUAGUCCUUGCCCAGUUUUAUGAUCUUUUUUUGCAAUGGUUGUUAAGUAAACUCAUUGUCCAUAUAUGGGUGCUUUUUUCUGGAAGCCAGAAGUAAACAGCAGUUCCCAGCAAAAAAUGUAAAUUGCUGUCACAUGACUUCAGGACACUGCAAAUGCAUAUUUAUGGAACAAUUGUUGAGUAUUCAAAGUGUGAUCAUGUGACUGUCUGGGGGGUGGUCACCAGAACUUCACAUCCAGGUAAUAAGUCCUUUUUUGGGGGGGGGGGGGCAUUGUAACUUUCAACAGUUGCUAAGAAACUGGUCAUAAGUUGAGGACUACCUAUACCAUGUAAUGAAAUAGACAUGUAAGACGCAUUAGGAAUCUCAUCGUGGUUUUUUCCCCCAUAGAUAUUGCCAUUUUAAUAUUGUAAAGAAAGGAUUAUCCAAUACAUACUUCCAGUCAUGUUUAACUUUAAUUGGAAAACUAAUCCAAAGCAAUUUACGUCAUAAACAAAAAUAUUUCAAUAUGACAUGAUGAAAGCUUUUGAGAUAGUUUAAGGGUUGCUUUGUUUCCUCUGAAAGUUUCCAAGAUUUGUUAUGCCAAUUGAACCAAGACAAAACAAAGCAAAAUAAUAAUAAUGUGCGGUUGAUGUAGACUAUUUGAUUCUGAGCAAAUAAAAAAUUACUCAAGAACUAAAAUUAAAUGAAUUUCAAACAAAUAUUUUAAAAAACUUCUUCCCUUUACAUUUUUAUUCCAAACGUGCAUACUUAACUGUAAUCCAUUCUAUCAGUAUCGAAUACAGAUUUGAAUAGGACAGUUUGCAUUCCAAAUUCUGCAUCUUUCUCAAAAACAGCAGAUGCUGCUGAUUCCACAAAUUGCUAAAACAAUACCUCAUCAUUUUUAUGAACCCCAUGCUUGAGGCCUUAUUAUUACUGACAGGAUUUACCAGAUCUUGUGUAGAUAUCUUAGGAGUUAAAUUAUUGCUGUUAUUUUUGAGUAUUUUUUUUCAAAAUCUCUUAACCACAAAAAAAACCAAAAAAAAACCCCACCACCUCAAAUAUUUUGUACAUAAUUAUUUUAAACUUGCUGCUUAUCUGUGACACUAAUAGGUUCAAUAGAGAGUUUUUCCUGAAGCACCAACAUAAAUUGUCAUUUAAAAUAGCUGUCUUUAAUCUUGCCGGUUUUGCAGACCAUCAGGGAGGGGAUGAUUCCUCAGAAGUGGUGGGUGAGCAAGCAACUCCUCUUGCGCAAGUGGCGGACACAUGUGCCUGUCACUCACAAAUGGAACUAUGCACACAUGCUAGCCAGUCCGCUGUGCAUACAAAUGGCACUGAACACACUCAUGUUCUUGCCCUCCUCUUCUGCGGCUCAGUUCUUAAUGGGCCAUGGCCCGGUAGUGGACUGUGGCCCAAGGGUUGGGGACCCCGAUUUUAGAAAUUAAAAUUAGGUUUGAUUUAGGUCUGACUCAGCAUGAUUCAUAUAUUCUGCAUUUUAUUAUAAAUUUAAGAUAAAUGAAAAGCUUAAAUAAACAUAACAAUUAUAUGUUCCAUGAACUUUAUAGUCCCCAAUUCAGUAUGACCUAUUGUAG